AUGUCAUCUUCAAACUAUGGGAGCGACCGCCUUGACGGCUACCAGGGCGAUGGCUCUUCUGGCCGUGACAACUCCUAUGGCUCGUCCGGCAAUGACAAUUCCUAUGGAUCGUCUGACCGGGACAACUCUUAUGGCUCGUCUGGCCGCGACAAUUCCUCAUCCGGCGGCAACAACUCCUAUGGCUCGUCCGGCAAUGACAACUCUUAUGGCUCGUCUGGCGGUGAUAAUUCCUAUGGCUCGUCCGGCAAUAGCAACUCCUAUGGCUCGUCUGACCGAGACGACUCUUAUGGCUCGUCUGGCCGCGACAAUUCCUCAUCCGGCGGCAACAACUCCUAUGGCUCGUCCGGCAAUGACAACUCUUAUGGUUCGUCCGGCAAUGACAACUCCUAUGGUUCGUCUGGCCGCGAUAAUUCCUCCGGCGGCGGCAACAAAUCCUAUGGCUCGUCCGGUAAUGACAACUCUUAUGGUUCGUCCGGCAAUGACAACUCCUAUGGCUCGUCUGACCGAGACGACUCUUAUGGCUCGUCUGGCCGCGAUAAUUCCUCAUCCAGCGGCAACAAAUCCUAUGGCUCGUCCGGCAAUGACAACUCUUAUGGCUCGUCUGGCGGUGAUAAUUCCUAUGGCUCGUCCGGCCGCGAUGAUUCCUCGUCUAGCGGCAACAACCGUGACAACUCUUAUGGUUCAUCCGGCCGCGACAACUUCUCGUCCGAUCGUGACACCUCUUAUGGCUCGUCUGACCGCGAUAACUCUUCGUCCAAUCGUGACAACUCUUAUGGCUCGUCUGACCGCGAUAACUCUUCGUCCAAUCGUGACAACUCUUACGGCUCCUCCAGCGGCGAUAACUCCUAUGGCUCGUCCAACACUGGAAGCACUGUUGAAAAGCUUGUGGAGAAGGCCGGCGAUAUUGCGGGAUUUAGCAACUUCGGCCAGAGUGGCCGUGAUAGGAGCGAUUAA